UCUACAAAGGAACCAGCGAGCGGGCUCGUCCAGCCGAAAAGGCAGGAACUCUGGUACCCAGCAAAAAUGUCCGACAAAAGCCCCUUCGAAACGGAUAUGCUGACUCUCACACGAUUUGUGAUGGAGAAGGGACGCCGCGUGAAAGGAGCGACAGGGGAGCUGACACAGCUGCUCAACUCCAUGCUGACUGCCAUAAAGGCCAUUUCCUCCGCAGUCAGAAAGGCAGGCCUUGCCCACAUGUUUGGUAUAGCUGGCACUGUGAAUGUGACCGGUGACGAAGUGAAGAAGCUGGACGUAUUAUCCAACUCCCUGGUGAUUAAUAUGCUCCAGUCCUCCUACAGCACCUGUGUCCUGGUCACGGAGGAGAACAAGGAGGCCAUCAUCACCCCAAAAGACAAGCGGGGUAAAUAUGUGGUGUGCUUUGACCCCCUUGACGGCUCAUCCAAUAUUGACUGCUUGGCACCGAUAGGAACAAUAUUUGCUAUCUACAAAAAGGAAACAGAUGACGAGCCCUCUGAAAAAGAUGCUUUGCAGCCCGGGCGCAAUAUUGUUGCUGCAGGCUAUGCCUUGUACGGCAGUGCUACGCUGGUCGCCCUCUCCACAGGGCAAGGGGUGGACUGCUUCAUGCUGGAUCCGGGUCUCGGUGAAUUUAUUUUGGUGGACAGAGAUGUUAAAAUCAAGAAGAAAGGGAAGGUAUACAGUCUCAAUGAAGGUUAUGCAAAGUAUUUCGAACCUGCAAUGACAGAAUAUCUACAAAAGAAGAAAUUCCCUGAGGAUGGCAGUUCCCCCUAUGGUGCCAGGUAUGUGGGCUCCAUGGUAGCUGAUGUUCACCGUACAUUGAUGUAUGGUGGAAUCUUCAUGUAUCCUGCAAAUCAGAAGAGUCCUAAAGGAAAGCUCCGACUUCUCUAUGAGUGCAACCCCAUGGCUUUCAUCAUUGAGCAGGCAGGUGGGAUGGCGACUACAGGGACUGAGGCAGUGCUGGAUGUCAAACCUGAGAAUAUUCACCAGAGAGUCCCUCUUAUCCUCGGUUCUCCAGAGGAUGUGCAAGAAUACCUCGCUUGUGUACAGAAACAUCAGAAGAGCAGCUAAGGGCUUUUCCACAUCAGACCUUGCUCCUCUGCCUUCAGUCUGCAGGAAAAUCCAUACCUUUCAAGAUGGUGGUUUCUAGCAAUUAACAUCCAUCUCUCAGUGAAAAUCCCACUUCAUGAGAACAAGAAAAAAGUGAGAAUGGUUGAUGGGAAAAACAAAGAUUUAAUUCCACCAUGCAGACAAGUGUAAAAAUCCUUUAACUCUGAUUUAUGCCAUGCAAAUGUAAAGACAGAGGCCUGAUUAUUUAACAAAAGUGACUUAAUUUAUAUAGUAUUAACAAAAAGAAGGGGAUUAUAUCAGUUCAUCCAUUUGAUCUGAAGCUUUGUGUCUGAUAGUACUUGGUUGGCAUUGUUUGAGACAGGAUUUUCACAUCAACAUUCACAAUGCCAUUAUCUGGAUUUUCUGCUAGAGGUUUUGUUGCAAGUGCUUUUUAUCUUG